AAAAAUUGUAAGCUUGAAGCGAUUUCGUAGGAAUUCGAUAAGCUCAGUUUUGUAGCAAAGGAAAACUUCGCGGAUCUAAAGAUCAUUAUAUAAACAGGGGGAUGCGCAUCCUAUAAACGCAUACACGAUCAAAAUUUUACAGUAUUCAGCUUCGGUUUCGUCCUUGAUCCUAAAUCGCGUAAAGCUAGGAAUUCUUUUUUCGUCCCUCCCUCCACUCCCUCGGAGAUUCCUUUCCUACCUCGAAUUUCAAAUAUUUCAUAAGCGAAGCUUUCCUAUUUAUAUUCCUCACGUAAUCCCAGUUCGACGGUCACCCAUUUCUGCGAGAGGGGGUUUUUGCCACAAACUCAGCGGUCUUCGUCUGUUCGCGUUUGUUUCGAUCACAGAAACAAGAGAUCACAUACAGGCAGAGAUCCUCUCGUUCUCGCUGGGUGUCCGUCGACACGGAUACGUGCAGGGCAGGAGCAAAAUAAGAUCCUACGAAGUUGACGAGCGAAAAAUUUCAACAUGACAAAAUUUUCCAUUUCUCAUGCUAAAAGAAAUGAACUCGUCAUGCGAUUUCUGCAUACACCAAGACCAACUGCGAUCCAUCUUUUGCAAUGCAUACGAACCACCACCAACUCAUCCUCCUCGGUGAUGUCUUCCUCAACAAAGUCAAAGAUGAGGUCGGGGACUAUCGGCUCUGCCUACUCCUCCGGUAGUGAGCUCUUCGAGCUUGGUAUGCAAUACAAAUUUCCUGUACAUGUACUGCAAGUUGGAGCAUGCCACUUGUCAUGCUGAAUAGGAUUGGAAGAAAAGUUUGCCAUGCAGAAACCGCAUUUGUACGUGUGCGGGAAAUUAUUUACUGUGGAUACUUGGAAGAAAUAACUCAACAAACUUAAACUCAUCUUCUCCCGCCAAGCCGCCCAACAAGCAACAAAACGAUCCUGAUUUACUAUUUACGUCGUCGACCCCGAAAAAGGACUCGAAAACGAGCAUCAGCUCCUUUGACCACAUGAUGAACAACUACUCGCCGACCUUGCUGAAGACUCUGCUGAAUUUCUCACCAACGGCCAGUAUCGGUUCCUCCUGGAAAAUAUGCAUUGCAAAAGUAUCGCUAUCGUACUAGUAGUAUAAAUUGCAUUAAAGAAAGAAAAAUGGAACUUGUAAUGCUAAUUCAGGUAAAAAGGUAGGUUUGUCAUGCAAGAUUACAAUGAAUUAGUAAUGGCACGAGUGCGAUACUUUUGCAAAGGAUAGAAAAUGUUGACAAGUGGAACAAAAAGCCCUAGCAAAGUUCCAACUGCGAAGGUGAUGCCGCUAUCUUCCACUUCUUGCGACAAGAGCAGUAAAAACGCUCUGGACUUCAUCGACGUCACCGCAGCCGCGUUUCGGGAUGAGGUCGCACCACUGGUGGAGGAUAGCAUCGAUGAGACCACAUCUCGGGAUGUUCUCGCGGAAAUGCAGCAGAGCAAAUUCACCAUCCGGGAAGAUUCUUUUAGUAAGGCGGAGAAGGAGGGAAAACUGAAACUAUCUGCCAGGAGCCGGAGCAAGUUGUCUCUGUCCAAUACGAAGAGUAGCCGCAGCCCCUGCGGGUCGAGCAGAAGUACCAAGGAGCGUGGCACAGCGUCGUCGUCGGGCCGGAACUUAAAGAACACUCAUAGUCGGCGAGGGAAAAGUUUGUGUUGCUGUUUCUACGACGAGAACGAGAACAACGUGGAGUAG